AAAAAGAUAUCUCGUUCAUCUAUCUCUUGUCUAUCUAUCCAUUGAUUCUAUCUAUGAAUCAAGUCAAAAGAGUUCGUUUUUGGGUUCCCCGAAGCCCCGAAUAGAUUGGAUCGUUUCUGCCAACGAAAUGAACGCGGAGCCCGUUCCGAAUGCUUCUCCGAUCCGGAAGUUAUCGCGAAGAGAAUCAAAUAAGAUGCCUCCCUCUGUCUUUUCCCGCUUUGCUAAUCUUCCCCUCUAACGCGGGCCGGGCGGCGGCGGGCGCGGAGGAAGAAACCUAAGAGAAGACGCUCUUAUCUUAGGUCCUUUUUUUCAGUGCAACACAGGAAAGCGCCCUCUUUUUGUCAUCCCUGCAGCUUUCCAGAGGCUUUUUUGGUAUUGAACGCAUGGCGUAGCUAGGACCCUUCAAAUCAUGUUUGAGCCUAUGUGAAAACCAAACCCACCCCAUAGCGAAAGAAUGCCCGCCAAGUUCAGAUAAGGGAAUGCUUCCCCCAACCACUAAAGGAAAGGCUCGACGAAGGGCCCUUGAUCCGGGAAAACGCUUUCGGAGAUCGAGAUUGGAUUUGUUUUUCAUCGAAAACGAAGAAGGCCGAGGAUGGCCUACGGUGCGUGUUAUCUGAAGGGAACACGCUUUUUCGACCGCGGUGGUAUGAUUGCCGGGCCCUCUCCUCGUUCCGCCCGCUGGCCUAUUGGGAUAGCAGCCUUCGGGCUUUGCCUGCCCCUUCUAAUAAAGAAUUCCGGCUCGGCCCGGGAAAGCGCUGGCAACAACAGAAAGGAAGGGGUCCAUGUAGCUGCUGCGCCCGCCCACUGAGCAGCAGGUUCGGCAUCUACUACAAAAGAGAGAAUCCACUUCAGAUAACCACGCCUCUGCUAGGCAGCGUGUGGAAUGGCCGAGAGCGGACCUUUUUGGAUAUAUAAUCCAAGUCGAGAGUGGAGUUACGGGAACAGCCGUCUGAUGGAAAACAACUUUCACGUUCGGUUCAGAGAGCACUUUUUUCGUUGAGAAUUCCUCGUUCCCUUUCGUGUGAAUUCCCCAGCGGCGAAUUAACAACUUGUGGGGCCCUAUCUAUUCCAUCUCUCGAGCCCCGAAGAAAACCCCCCUCCCCUUCGGACUCCAUAUCUCUUUUGACUCUAUAUAUGCGGGCACCUGAUAUCUAUGAGGGUUCACCCACCCCGGUUACAGCAUUCCUUUCUAUUGCGCCUAAAAUAUCUAUUUCUGCAAAUAUGUCACGUGUUUCUAUUUAUGGUUCCUAUGGAGCUACAUUGCAACAAAUCUUCUUUUUCUGCAGCAUUGCUUCUAUGAUCUUAGGAGCACUGGCCGCCAUGGCCCAAACGAAAGUCAAAAGACCUCUAGCUCAUAGUUCGAUUGGACAUGUAGGUUAUAUUCGUACUGGUUUCUCAUGUGGAACCCUAGAAGGAAUUCAAUCACUACUAAUUGGUAUCUUUAUUUAUGCAUCAAUGACGAUAGAUGCAUUCGCCAUAGUUCCAGCAUUACGGCAAACCCGUGUCAAAUAUAUAGCGGAUUUGGGCGCUCUAGCCAAAACGAAUCCUAUUUCGGCUAUUACCUUCUCCAUUACUAUGUUCUCAUACGCAGGAAUACCCCCGUUAGCCGGCUUUCGUAGCAAAUUCUAUUUGUUCUUCGCCGCUUUGGGUUGUGGGGCUUACUUCCUAGCCCCAGUGGGAGUAGUGACUAGCGUUAUAGGUCGUUGGGCGGCCGGAAGGUUGCCAUGAGUAAGUAAGUUUGGGGGACCGAAGGCUGUUUUCCGUGCACCGGACACGUAGCUUACCGAAUCAGUUGCGACACGGAUGGGAAUGCAUGCUACGAAAGAAAGGGUCGAGUCUGAUACAUCAACCGUCUACUCAAUAUCCUUGUACGAGUCCACAAUCACUACACGAGAUGAACCUUGGUUUGGUGAAUUGAAGUUGGCCUUAGGUGUAAUAGGACUCCCAGUUACUGCGCGCGAUCGUAUACUGAGGGGGGUUGAUAAACCCGGUUGUUGGAACGACGCGAGCCGGGCCGGGCCUCGAUUCAGAAAGAUGAAGGGACAGAGGUUACAAAUUCCCCAUCUCAUUGGGGGCGGAAAACGAAUCGACAUCUCGAUGUGAUACAGCCCUUUCUAUUUUAGUUGGGAAAGAACGGCGAAGUCCAUCCGAACCGUCCAAUGAAGAAUAAGAGGAGAGCAAAGCGCCAAUGGCGCGCGAAGCGCAUGCGGAACGGGCACGGAGAAAAAGAAGUGUGGAGGAGAAGCAGCCGAGCUCAUUCCCUUCGCUUCCUGGGCCCAAAGCAGUGCAGUGUUUCCUGGCCAAAUCAAGGAUUUGGGGCUUCUUGCUACGCUACAUAUAUUGCUAAAUCCAUUUUUAUAGUAAUCUAUAUGAAUAGAAAGAUAGAUCCAUCCAUCUAUCCGGAUAUCUAAAAAAGAAUCGAUUUCAUUCAACGUUUGUUUGAUUCAAAGAACUGCGCUUAGCCCCCCCGCUCAUGAAACGGCUCUGCUGCAAUGGAUGGCAGAGGGUCCGUAGUACCCGAAGCACUGGAGUGAUCCAGUAGCCGGGAAGGGGCCUAGAAGUGCCUACUACUACACCACACUACACUUGGCUCUACACAUUUACAGAGCUAACCCCUGUCCAGUGCCUGGCAGAGCUAAGGGGGGCUUCAAUCCUUACUCCUUAUCCCCAUCUCAGCCCAGGCUAACGGGGCCUUACUUAUUCUGGGGGGGGGAGUGGAGCCUCGAGAAGCACUGUUGAGAGGAAGAUCCUUGGCCCCUCUUCAUUCUCUACAGGGGUCUCUGCCCACAUGGAAGCGGGGCAGAGAUGGAAGAGAUCGAACACGGGAAUAAGAAGGAUUUCAUCUCCUUUUUGAUCAUUUUGAUAGAGGGGGAUGGAGAAAGUGGACAAAACAGACUCACAUUUCCCAACAAGCAACGGAUGAGCCCCUAUUUGAGUAAGGCUGAUCUACGACCAAAGAAGCAAGGGUGCUCUACGAUCAGCUCACAAACCUAUUACUAAGACGCGUUAGCAUGCUUUGACGCGUUAGCACGCCCGUUUAUAGUUGGGGCGUUAGCGCUUUUCUUGCUGCGUUAGCGCAACGGUGCUCUACGAUCAGCUCGACCACAGGCUGGUUGUAAAUCAGGUGGUCGUAGAGCAGCUCGACCACCGGGAGAGAGUGGUCGUAGAUCAGCUAGCUCAGCCGUUGCUUGGUUGCUGGGUUCCUUUUUCGUCUCGACAAAGAGGAAAAGAAGAAUAUUGAAAACGCUCCUAACCCAACCCCUUCCUUCGUAGAGCCGUGUAUUGUAAGUGAUCCGAACCUGCCCGGAGCGAGCCCCCCAUAGAGGCAAGUGAAGUUGGUGAGCCGUAUGAUGGGCAACUAUCUCCUGCGGUUCGGAGAGGACUCAGCUGUUAGUUAGUACCCCCUUGGUUUCGGGGUGGACCCUUUCACUCUAU